GUUAGCUUGUAGUAAAUGGCGGUCGUGAACAGGGUGGACUGUAAACGUUUCCACGGUUAUAACUCUAACUGUCUAAUUAUCUUCAAAACAUGUACUCGACUGUGUCGGAAAUGCAAGGUGGUUACAAGAUGUUUAUUCUCAACUUUCAGGUUGGUUCAUGUGCCGUGCCGACAGGAAAUUCACUGCCAACGAGGCGAAAACGAAACAAACGUUUGACUAAUGGAGAACGAAGAUGGAGCAAAGGACGCGGAGUCUGAAGUGGCCGAGCUGCGUCUGAAAGUGGACUCGCUGAAGCAGGAGCUCAAAGAGUGCAGAGCCGAGCUGGCGAAGUUACAGAAGCAGCUGAGCCAGUCUGAAAGGCUGCAGAGGAGCACAGAGAGCUACAAUGAAGACCUGAGGAAACAGGUUGAUCAGCUGAGCGCAGAGAUUCAUGAACGGAAGAAGAAAGAUAAAGACAGAGUCAACUGUGAGACUCAGACAGAAGAAUAUGUGUGGACAGAAACUGAUUAUUACAACUACUACUAUGGAAGCUAUAAUCAGAACCCUGAGACAGGUGACGCUCAGGAGGUCCUGAAUGCAGCAGCAGCAGCAGUGGAUGGAGCUGAUGCUGAUGCCGAUGUCAGCGAGGCAGCAGACGUUUCAACAGCAAAUGAAGCAGCAGCUGCAGAGGACUCAGGUCAACCUGACAGCAGUGUUACAGUCACAACAGAGGAGGGUGAUGCAGGAUCUAUAGCAGAUAUGUUGAGGGCCACCGCUGAAGAGGCUAUGACACAGACGGGGUUUGUCUUUGAUGAGACUACAGGGAUGUACUAUGAUCACAGCACAGGCUUCUACUACGACUCGGCCAGUCAGUUAUACUACGAUGCCAACACAGGCAUUUAUUACUACUACGAUGCAGAGAGCGGACGAUACCAGUUUCACUCCAGGAUUGAGGUGCCUGCUGCACAGACCGGUGCAGAGUCUUGCACAGAUAAGAACACUGCUGAAAAGAAAGGCAGGAAAUCCAAGAAAGGGGUCAAAAAAACAUCACACCAGGAUGAUAAGGAACCCAUACUUGAUGAUAUUCAGUUCGAAGAAGAAACUGACAGGGUUGAACUGCAAACGUCUAAGAGGACCACAGAAUCACGAAAACUGAAGCGAAGGUCUCGCAGUGCAGACUUGGCUCCACGUCGGGAGGAGAGCGACAAAUCUUCGUCAAAGAGGAAGAAGCAGAAUAACGGUUCACACCACGAUGAUAAGGGAAGAUCAAAGAAGAAGAAGAGGAAGAAAUCAAAAUCAGCAAAGCACAAGAAGAAAAAGAGCCCGGCUCGGAGGGAUGACUCGGAGGGUAACAGUGAACCGGAGGAGGGAGAGAUCACAGAGUCGGAGAGAGAAGAGUGGGAGUCCACUCCUUCGUUCUCACCAUCUUCUGGCUCCUCCUCCAAGGAAAGCGAAGAAUCAGAACCAGAAUCAGAGACAGAGACUCAGAGUCAGGAAGUGAAAGACAUUUGGCCGCCCUGUGUAAGAGUGACAGUGGUCAGAUCUCCAGUGCUGCAGGUGGGCACUCUGUUCAUCAUCACAGCCGACUCUCCAGCCACCAUCGGCAGAGAGAAAGAUAUGGAUCAUGCAAUCCGAAUACCAGAAAUGGGAGUCAGUAAGUUCCAUGCAGAGGUUUACUUUGACCAGGAGCAGCAGAGCUAUAUGCUGGUGGACCAGGGAAGCCAGAACGGAACGGUCAUCAAUGGCAACCGAAUCUUACAGCCCAAAGCCAAGUGUGAGCCGCACGCGCUGAUACACGGUGAUGAGGUGAAGAUGGGAGAGACUGUGCUCUCCUUCCAUAUCCACUCAGGCACCGAUACCUGUGAUGGGUGUGAGCCUGGUCAGGUGAUGGCUCACCUCAGUAAGCACAGGAGAGAGGAUAAGGCGGGCCCUGCUCUCACCAAAGAGGAUAAAGAAGCUCUGAGACAGAAGGAGCUAAAGCAGAUGAAGGCCAAAUAUGGCCUGCAGAGCAGUGAGUAUGAAGAGGCCAAAGCCCUGAGAAACCCCAGAUACAAGGACCGAGCCGAGUCUCGACGACAAACAGUGGGCAGCGAGGGGGUUUUCCAACGAGACGAUGCACCCGCUUCUGUUCAUGAGGAGAUCAGUGAAGUCAAUAAAGGACGGAAGAUGUUGGAAAAGAUGGGCUGGAAGAAAGGAGAGGGACUGGGCAAAGAGGGAACUGGAAUGAAAGACCCGAUUGAACUGAAAAUCAGAAAGUCUCAGUCAGGUUUGGGAGCUGGAGCCACCAUGUCGGUAGACAAUGUCUCUAUGAGUCGAUCAAAGUCUCAGAAGAACUGGGAAAAAGCCCGAGAGAGAUUCGCUGAUUCAUGCCAGCCUGACAUGUUGGCACACAAAACACAGAACAAGUCACCCAAAGCCUGGGUCAGAGCAGAAGAGACUGAGACCACAAACACACAGACAGACAGCCAAAGUUAGGGAUCAGCGCCAGAGCAUAUAUUUAUUGUGGACAUUAAGAGCUGAGUGUUACUAUGACUCUGUCUGUUCUUUAGUGUGUUGGCUGAAGAGCAACAAAUUAAGUCUACACUAAUUUUCUUUUAGUGCCUAACCCUAUGUUCUGAAGGUAUCUGAAAACCACACUGUAUUAUUUUGAUUUUUUUGACUGUGUCUAGCUUUAGUCAACACAAACUAAAGACACUUUAGUCUGGUUUUCAUGCAUUUUUAAUUUUUAACAUCUAAGCAUUAUAAGACCACAGCUGUCGCCAUCUUUGUGUGCAGUCAUCAUGUUUACAGGUGGCAGCGUUUUUUUGUUUUUUUUUAAAUAAAUGGUAGUGCAACAGGUCAAGUGGCUAAAUCAACAACAGCUUAACGAGAUAUUUUGGGCAGCGGAGGAAAUUGUUUUGCUACAGUGUGUGUUUCUACAGAUGUAUGCAAGUUACUGAAUAAGACUGCAUUAAAAUCUGUUUGUCCGUC